GGAGAUAAGCCCUAUGAGUGCAAAGAAUGUGGGAAAACUUUCACCCACCGCUCCUCUUUUACCCAGCAUAAUAUGACGCACACUAGAAAAAAAGACCUUUUUGUGCAAAGAAUGUGGGAAAGCUUUCUACUACAGCUCUUCCUUUGCUCAACACAUGAGGAUUCACACUGGAAAGAAACUCUAUGAGUGCGGUGAAUGUGGAAAGGCCUUUACUCACCGCUCCACUUUUAUCCAGCAUAAUAUGAGCCACACGGGAGAAAAACCCUUCCCGUGCAAAGAAUGUGGAAAAGCUUUUUGCCUCCACUCCUCCUUUAUUCAGCACGUGAGGAUUCACACUGGGGAGAAACCCUAUGCGUGCAGUGAAUGUGGAAGGGCCUUCACGCACCGCUCCACUUUUGUCCGGCAUAAGAGGACUCAUACUGGAGAGAAGCCCUUUCAAUGCAAGGAAUGUGGGAAAGCCUUUUGUGACAGCUCUUCCUUAAUUCAACACGUGAGGAUUCACACUGGUGAGAGGCCCUAUGAAUGCGGUGAAUGUGGAAAGGCCUUUACACACCACUCGGUUUUUAUCCGACACAGUAGGACCCACAGUGGAGAAAAACCCUUGGAGUGUAAAGAAUGUGCAAAAGCCUUUUACUAUAGCUCUUCCUUUACUCGACACAUGAGGAUUCACACUGGCGAGAAGCCCUAUGUAUGCAGAGAAUGCGGAAAGGCCUUUACCCAACCUGCCAAUUUUGUUCGUCAUAAUAGGAUCCACACUGGCGAGAAACCGUAUGAAUGCAAAGACUGUCAGAAGGCCUUUUGUGACAACUUUGCCUUAACUCAACACAUGAGAACUCACACUGGAGAGAAACCCUUUGAAUGUGGUAUAUGUGGAAAAACCUUCAGCUACACUUUAUCCUUUAUGCACCAUUGAAACAUUUAUACCAGAGUUUAAAGCCCUUUGCAUGUUGAUUACUUCAAUUUUAA